AUGACACGCCCCACAGUUACUGUUAACAGUUUGGAGGAACUGCCUAUGAACCAGUACAUGCAUGAUUUCAAUGAGCAGGGAUCCAAAGAUCAAAAGGAUAUGUCAAAAAAGGAAAAGAAGCCCAAGAUAGAGAAGCCCAGCAGGAAGACACCAAAAAGAAAACGGAGCGCAGAUGACAGUGACGAUGAAAGAAAAGUCAGUCGAAUGCGAACAAUACGCCAGGCAGUCUCCAAGGCCGUGUCGAAACAGCGGGAAAUCCUUCUGGGUGACGGAGGCCGUGAGGAUGAAGAGCAGGAUGACCCAGAGGAAGCUUACCUGGAUCCUGAUGAGUCUGGCAGUGAUGAAGACUUCAUGGUGGAAGAUGACGAGGACAGCGACUAUGGCAAGUCCAAAAAGAGAAGAGUUCCCCGAAAGAGGAGGAAGAAAACGACCCCGAGAGUCCUUUGGGAGAAGAAGAGGAGGAAACUGAGAAGAAAAAAAAGCUCUCCUACCCCCAAGGUGACGAAGAAAGCUGAUGGCCAGGAGUAG